UCAUCGCAGCGCCCAGCCAGCCCUCCAAGUCCUUCCUCGCCUCCUCCCCCCCGCCGCCCUCCGCCAUGCCCGUCUCCCCCGCGGGCACCACCCGCGCACGCUCCUCCUCCCCGCCCCCGUCCAGCUCGCCCGCCGCAGCCAGCCACCUCUCCCGCGACUCCGCAUCCUCCCUCUCGCCCGGCUUCGCACUCACCCAGACCGUCUCGCGCGGCUCCCUCGGAGCAGGCGGCGCCGGCUUCCAGAUCCUCGAUGUGGACAACAUGAUCCAGCGGCUGCUCGAGGCGGGCUACAGCGGCAAAGUCACAAAGAGCCCCCCGCUGAAGAAUGCAGAGAUCACCAGUGUCUGUGCGGCGGCGAGGGAAGUGUUUCUCAGCCAGCCGACGCUCAUCGAGCUCAGUCCGCCCGUCAAGAUUGUCGGCGAUGUGCAUGGACAGUACGCCGAUCUGCUGAGAAUGUUUGAAAUGUGUGGAUUCCCGCCGGCGGCAAACUAUCUGUUUCUGGGCGAUUACGUCGACCGGGGAAAGCAGUCCCUCGAGACCAUCCUUCUUUUACUCUGCUACAAGAUCAAGUAUCCUGAAAACUUUUUCCUCUUGCGCGGCAACCACGAGUGUGCCAACGUCACAAGAGUAUACGGUUUCUACGACGAGUGCAAGCGCCGGACAAACAUCAAGAUCUGGAAGACAUUUAUCGACGUGUUCAACACUCUCCCCAUCGCGUCCAUCGUCGCCAGCAAGAUCUUUUGUGUUCAUGGUGGACUGAGUCCCAGCCUGAAGAGUAUGGACGAUAUCAGGAGGAUCCAAAGGCCGACAGACGUGCCCGACUAUGGACUCCUCAACGAUCUAGUAUGGUCCGAUCCAUCGGAUACCGCGCUCGAUUGGGAGGAUAACGAACGGGGCGUGUCGUUCUGCUAUGGCAAGAGUGUUAUCAAUGCCUUCUUGGCGACUCAUGACAUGGACCUUAUAUGUCGAGCACACAUGGUUGUAGAGGAUGGCUACGAGUUUUACAAUGACCGGACACUUGUCACAGUAUUCUCCGCUCCCAAUUAUUGCGGCGAGUUUGACAACUUUGGAGCAGUCAUGUCAGUUUCAGAAGACUUGUUAUGCUCCUUUGAGCUUCUCAAACCCUUGGACGGCGCGGCAUUGAAAAAGGAAAUGACAAAGUCUAAACGGAAAUCACUACAAGCACACCAGUCACCUCCGAAUAACCCUAUGGCUCAAAGCUUUUAAAGAUGCCUCUGCCACGCCUCGACAAUCCCCACAUUUCCGCAAAUGUCAUUUCCGCAAAUGUAAUAUAUCAAGACGAUCAAACAAAGACACACACAAGCACAUCCACAUAUCCACAGUCUUACGUCUGCUCUCCCAUAUAUUCCCAAAACAUCCACUCUUCACAAACAUUCCUUGUACCUUUUUUUUUUUUUCCUCCCAUUUUUCUCUUUCAACAAACAAUCCCAUUUUUCUUUUUAUUCGCAAAUCGGAGCAUGGGGAGAUUAAUUGUGUAACUAUAUAAAACAGCUGUAGGGGGGGGUACACAAAACAAUGAACAAAAACCAAACGAAAAACCCAAAAACCCAAAAAACGAAAAAUAGCCAACCAAAAAACACGGUGAUGACGAUGAUGAUGAAGCUAUACGGAAAAAGCAAACGAACGGCAAAGGCACAAAGGAGGGCGGUUUUGCAAUGGGUCCGCGGCGCACACGCCACAUUGAGAAGGGAAAAAAAAAAUUCCGUGCUGGGGCGUGUGUUGUCUGGUGUGUGUAGACGGACUUUUUCUUUCUCGUUCUUUUUUUCAUUAAAACCUCUGGCGAGAGGAAGAAGAAGGGAAAAAAAAGGAGAGGCGCGCCUUUUCUUCCUUCCUUCCUUCCUUCCUUCUCCCUGUGUUAUUCUUUAAACAAGGUAUAUUUGGUCGUUUAUUGGUUGUCAAUGAUUACUAUUCCCCAUACUUUUCGUCUUGUCGUUAUGGGAUCGAAAUUGAGUAUAUGUGCAGUGAUCCGUAGUUUGACAUGGUUGAGACUCUUCCUUAUUCGCGGUUUUUAUUUUUCAGUCAACAGUCGCGCGAUUUUUUUUUAUAAAAGACCUCUCUGCUUUUCUGCUUAUCAGUCGAUACGUCAC